AGGGUUGAGGAAGUGGGGGGGACUCGCGGUGGGAAGUAGUAGACAAGUUCCAUGGCGUUUUCCUUUGUCGUCCUCGUCCUUUGCUUUUGAACUGGGCUCGCCCUGCGUCGGCAUUUCUGAACACGAGCGGCUUUUUCUGCGUUUUUCAGGGAAUCGCCGCAGGCAUCGAAAUAAACAUACGCUCCCGUUCGGACCUGUCCCUGCGACAAUGGAGGAAUCAGUGACAACAUUCGAGACACAUUUGACAACCAUUAUGGACAGCCUCAUACGGGCAUCUGUGUGCGAGAUCACCAAACUGUUCCAGGAGACGGUGGCUGACUACCUGGUGGAGCUUUCGCUGAACCGUAAGGAGAAUGAUGCUCUUAAGCUGCGCCUGAGGCUUACUGAGAAUAAACUGAGGACAGAACGCAUGUACGGCGUGGGUUGGGCCACAAGCCGCCGCAACGCCAGACCAGCAGCUGAGGAAGGAGGACAUCACAAACGGAAAGUUGAAACAGACCCAGGCAAGUCAAAGAAGGGCCCUGCAGCAGCCUAUCGUAGAGGCUGGCCUGGAGGCGUGUGGGAGGAAGGCGGAGGAGGUGGCAGCGAAGGAGGAGCAGCAGCAGUGGUAAUGACAGCAGGACAAGGAGGGAAAGAUUCCAGGCAGAUGUACCUUGUCCAGCUCCCCAGGGGUGAAGAGGAUGAGGAAGGCACGGUGCACGACAACGAAGGGGAGGGCAGCCUCAGCGUUGAGGGGAAGGAGACACCUAGCAUCAAAGAGGAGUUUCCUCAAACCGAGGGAUAUCAACCGGCUUCUCUCAGGCUAAUCAAGGAGGCUCUGAAGAUGGACCGGCCUAACCACAACGUCUGCAAUAAUUCAAGUGUUCAAAGCGAAGGAGACCUGUCAGAUCAUCCCCUGAGCGUCACCGCCACCAAGAAAGAGAAUGACGACUGGGACGUGGGCACAGUGGAGCAAUCGGAGGGUGGUAUGACCGCAGACGAGUUGAGGGGAUUGGAGUCUGCACUGAGGGCCGAGAGAGGCUGCGAGCAGGUCGCUAUAACGGCCCCCCAUCCCGUGUGCCCGCCGACUGAGGGGGUUUUAGGCGGCAAGAUUGGCUUGCCUCCAAAGUACAUUGGACUGGACGGCAUGGAGCAGGAAGGAGAUGCAGAGCUACAGCCGCCCAUAUUGCAGCAAGAGGAGCAUACAGGACGAGGGCUAUUGAAGGACCAUGUGAAGGGCCACGUGAGGCCCGGGAGGUUCAGGUCAGGCAGGUCCAGAAAGAUGAGAGUGAGUGAGUCUGCCCUGAGUAGAGAAGAUGGAGCUGAGCAGGGGGAGUUUGAACACCUCCACCUGUCUGCGGUGGGAAGUGCAGGUGAGAGUGGAGGUGAGGAGGACACCGCUGCUGACCUGCUCCACUUCUGCCCUCAGUGUGGGGGUGGCUUCACCACAGAGGCUGAGAUGGGGGAGCACCCUUGCCCACUAGGUGCUGCCCAUUUACAGAACAAUGGCGGAGAGGAGAAUGUUUUCCCUUGUGGCCACUGUGGGAAUACAUUCAGCCAUGCUUGGGCGCUCAAGAACCAUGAAUGCGCCUGCGCCGCUGAGAGGCCCCACUGCUGUGAGAUUUGCGGCAAGCGCUUCACGCACUCCCGUUCUCUAGAGCGGCAUCAUCUGGUGCACACGGGCGAGAGGCCACAUCAGUGCCCGUUGUGUGGACGUAGCUUCAGCCGGCUCGGGAACUUGGAGCGGCACCAGAGAAUCCACACAGGCGAACGUCCGUACGGGUGUGAUGCGUGCGGAAAGCGCUUCAGUCGGGUGGAAUAUUUAAAGAGACACCAGCUCAUUCACAACGGCGAGAAGGCUUCAGUGCAGUGCUCUGCUUGUGGGGUGCAAGUACGUGACAUGGAGCAGCUGAAAAGCCACCAGUGUUUUUAGACACUUCUAGGAAAGAGCAGCUUUUUAACUAAAUGUGGUAGAAUUUAGUGGACUAAUGUGUCUGGUAUUUUCUGUGAAAUUUGCAGUUCCAAAUUUUUACAAAAUUGUUAACUGACUUAAAGGUACCCAAGUGGCUAUAAGAUAGGUGGCAAUCUGUCAUUUAACUGAACCUAUUCCUGUUUGUGCAAAGCCUAUACUGUACUUAUUUAUAAGGGAAAAAUAAUACAUUUUUAUGUUUGUACUAAACACUCCCUUGCAAGAGGACAGCAUUUUCCCCUUGAGAGGAAUGACUCUAUUUUGUAUAUUUGUCUAUGGUCUACAUCAAGAAAUAAACUUUUAAGUCCAUCGGAACACACUUCUCUUGUAUACAAUUACAAU